AGCAGCCCCUCCGCAUCACACACAGAUUCAUUCACUGUGUGGCUGCUCCGUGUAGAACAACAGGCUACCUCCCUCAGUCCUGUGAUGCUGCACAGCAAGAGAACAAAGGAAACAACAGAAGCUUUGAACCAAUUUUGCCAUCUAACAAAGAGCCAUAAAAUCAAAAUCAACAUGGGAUCCUAGAUAAGAAAAUCUUUGUGACAGCAUCUUUUUGUUAUUGAUUACAUUCUAGUCAUCUAGGAAAUGUGUUGUCAACAGAUAACUCAGUUGAUGACCUCAGGUUUUUAGUUCAAGAAGGUGAUGUUUUUCCGUGUUCAGUCGAGCUACCGCUAUCAGGAUUGUUUUGUGUCUUGUAAGCGUAUUAGGAGUCUGAUGUUUUGCUUUGAGGGAGGCUACUUGUGACAGAGCGGUGCUGCUGUGAGUGGAGAUGUGGAAUAAAACAUGCACAUAACUACAGGAGUUCAGUCUGCCUCAGUCUCACUGACAGGGCAGUCCUUUCUCCAGCGCACAGCCCUGCAGCAGCUCUACACUGUCUUCAUGUGGCACUAGUUGCUGACUGGCAGACUUGUCAGCGCAGCCAGGGGCCGACUGAAGCUGAAACUCCAGCUGCGCCAUGGCUUCAUUGGACAAUGAUGAAACUGGGAGUGAUAUGUCCGAGUCUCUGGAGAUCUGUGAGCUCCAGGACCAAUACAUGGAGCCAGAGAACUGCUUCAAGUCCAAAAGUCUACCAAUCCUGAAUGAACCUUGUCAACAGGGUGGCAAGGCUGCCGAGCCUCGGCUGGUCGGCACAGCCCACACUUGUGUGGCCCUGGAGGACCGUUGUGGGCUUCAUCCUAAAACCCCAGACUCCAGCCAGGCAGAGUCCCCCUCCUCCAGAACAGACUUCUCCCCCUCUAUGUCCAGCAUGGUGGGGCUCAGCAGCUCCCUGCCUGUGGAGGGCCACAGGGCCACAGGCUCCGGUGGCAGAAAAUUUGGAUUCUCCAUCACCCGCCUUAUCCGCAUCCCAGCUAGAAGGUAUGUGCGGGUCAUCCUGAGCGACUCGCGCUGCUUCUUGUUCUGCAUGUGCUACUUGACCUUCAUCCAGUCCCUGAUGGUUUCGGGCUACCUGAGCAGCGUCAUCACCACCAUUGAGAAGCGCUACAGCCUGCGCAGCUCCGAGUCCGGCCUGCUGGUCAGCUGCUUCGACAUCGGCAGCUUGCUGGUGGUCGUCUUCAUCUCGUACUUCGGCGGUAGAGGUCAGAGGCCACGCUGGCUGGCUGUGGGGGGUGUUGUGAUCGCUGUAGGCGCAGCACUGUUUUCCCUUCCCCACUUCAUCUCACCACCUUACCAGAUCCAAGAGAUGAACUCCUCAGCGGGCCACGAAGGCCUUUGCCAGAGCAGCAACAACAGCGGCCGUGAACUGCUGGACGUGGCAUCGUGCCCUCGCGACCAGGAGGGCAAUGAGCACAACCUGUACGUGGCACUGUUCAUCUGUGCCCAGAUACUCGUGGGCAUGGGGUCAACGCCAAUCUACACCCUGGGGCCCACCUACCUGGACGACAAUGUGAAGAAAGAAAAUGCAUCUCUGUAUUUGGCCAUCAUGUAUGUGAUGGGAGCCCUCGGACCCGCAGCUGGCUACCUGCUUGGAGGCGUCCUUAUCGGUUUUUAUGUUGACCCCAAGACUGUUGUCAACAUAGACCAGAAUGAUCCUCGGUUUGUUGGAAACUGGUGGAGUGGUUUUCUCUUGUGUGCCAUAGCUAUGCUUCUGGUCAUCUUCCCCAUGUUUGCCUUCCCUAAAAAGCUGCCGCCACGCCACAAAAAGAAGAGGAAGAAGAAGAAGAUCGGCUCACCGGGUGACGUGUCCAGUGAUGAUGACGUGAUGAAGGAAAAGUCCAAUAGCAAAGGCCAAAAUGUUUCCUCCUCCAUGGGCUUUGGAAAGGAUAUUAAAGACCUUCCCAAGGCAGCACUGAGGAUCCUUAGCAAUAUGACCUUCCUGUUCGUCAGCCUGUCCUACACAGCAGAGUGUGCCAUUGUCACCGCCUUCAUCACCUUCAUUCCCAAGUUUAUUGAGUCACAGUUUGGUAUCCCUGCCUCCAAUGCUAGCAUAUACACAGGUGUGAUCAUCGUACCCAGUGCCGGGGUGGGCAUCGUGCUGGGCGGCUACAUCAUCAAGAAGUUGAAGCUCGGCGCAAGAGAGUCGGCCAAGCUGGCCAUGAUCUGCAGCGGGGUGUCUCUUCUGUGCUUUUCCACUCUCUUCAUAGUGGGCUGCGAGAGCAUUAAUCUAGGAGGCAUCAACAUACCCUACACCACUGGCCCGACUCUGACGAUGACCCACAGGAACCUGACGGGCAGCUGCAACGUGAACUGCGGCUGCAGGAUCCACGAGUACGCUCCAGUCUGCGGCUCUGACGGCAUCACCUACUUCAACCCCUGUCUGGCUGGAUGCAGCACCGUCGGCAACGACAGCACUGGGAUCAGGAACUACACCGACUGCGGCUGCGUGCAGAGCAGGCAGGUCAUCACCCCGUCCUCCGGCAGCCAGGUCAACCAGCUCCAGCUCGUCAUUGUUAAAACGUACUUGAACGAGAACGGCUACGCAAUGUCGGGGAAGUGUGACCGCACCUGCAACACACUCAUCCCUUUCCUGAUCUUCCUCUUCAUUGUCACCCUCAUCACUGCCUGUGCCCAGCCCUCCGCUAUUAUCGUCACACUCAGGUCCGUCGAUGAACAAGAGAGGCCUUUUGCUCUUGGGAUGCAGUUUGUCUUACUCCGAACUCUUGCCUACAUACCGACACCCAUCUACUUCGGUGCUGUGAUCGACACCACCUGCAUGCUGUGGCAGCAGGACUGCGGCGUGCACGGCUCCUGCUGGGAGUACGAUGUCACCUCGUUCCGCUUCGUCUACUUCGGCCUGGCCGCCAGCCUGAAGUUCGUCGGCUUCGUCUUCAUCUUCCUCACCUGGUACUCGAUCAAGCACAAGGAGGCGCGAGCUGAGCGCUGGCGUCAGCACCUGCCUCCACUGGGUACCGUCAGCGAGCUCAUAUGCCACGCCGGAGGCCAGAAGAGCCACGCGCGCACCCGUUCCUGCCCCGUGUUCAUCCCGCCUCGGCCCGAGCCGCCAGCCGCCCUCCUGCUUAACCGCGGCCACUGCAGCCUCAGCUGCCCGGGCAACGCCCUCAAAGCAAUAACUCCCCCCGUCUUGUUGCCACAUCACCACCGAGGCUCUGCCCACGUCUGAGAGCGCGCCGGUUUCAUAGUGACACGUGCCUUCCUGUUUGUGCAUCUGCACGACACGGCGUCUGCUCACGACACCAAUCGGACGCCAAGCGGGGGCUCCCCUGCUGCUGUAGGACAGACAGGCAGAGACACAAGUGCGCCCACCACACCUAAAGGGCUGCUCGUCCUUUACGAUGACAGGAGAACGAAAGAUGUUCUUUCACUCAAGAGCAUAUCAUCAGCUGCAGCCACACGGCAUCCACACAGAAGGUCAGACCUCCAGGUUUGGACACUAUAAAGACAUCUCAUGGUGCUACUGUUAAAGGGCAGGGCAUUAUAAUUAUGUACAGUCAGAUGAAUCAUCAUCAACACAGCGUCUAAAGCACAACCUGUACUAUGCAAGCUCCUGUGUACAGCUCCUCCCUUCUCAGUACUGUACAGCUCCCUCUGUAUUCCACAUCCGUACCUCCUCUGCUCCGCUCAUCCACCCAUACCACGACGCUGUUGUCCAUUCUUUGAUAGUCCCAUUUUCACUUGCAGGUUAAGCAUACUCUUGUGCAUUUGAACCUGUUCUCUCGUCUGGUGUUGUCCACAUCUUCAGUGGGACUGGUUUCUAAUCCUUUCACCUUCAUUUUUUUUUCUUAACAGUGCCUCUCAGGCUGCCUCGGCCAGUCCAGUAUAAAAGGCUAGCUACCAGGGUAAACGCUAGCUACUAAAAAGCCAGUCAUUUCUUCUUCAGCUGGGCGACAGCACUUUGCUAUUGGUCGUCACAGAUGAUCGUCUGCAAGUUAACCAUGUAGCUCAAAGCAGGCAAAGACCAGUUGGUACAGUGUAGAACGACUGUAGGCAAG